AUGAAGAUCACCACCCAUCUCACCCUCCUGGCCAUGGCCGCCUUCGGCUCCGCCGUCGCGGAGAAGCCGACGCCGGUAGAACGUGACGCUCCGGCCCUUGUCGUGCGCGAGCUCGCCAUUGUGACGGGCGUCAUCAAUCAGGUGGGCACGGGCAUCGCCUCGCUGGACCAGGCCGUGCAAGCCUUCACGACGGACCCGACGCAGCUGCAGCAGGCGUCGCAGCAGCUCAUCAACACGUUCCGGCAGGGCGCGACGUCAAUCCAGGGCAGCACAGAGCUCACGCUCCAGGAGGCCGUCCAGCUCCAGCAGCUCGUCGGCAGCCUGCAGACCAACGGUCAGAGCCUCGUGCGGAACCUCCAGAACAAGAAGCCCGCCUUCCAGCAGGCCAACCUCUGCGACGUCGUCCGCGCCCAGGUCGGCGAGUUCACCACCGGCGCCGGCAGCCUCAUCGAUGCCAUUGUCAGCAAGGUGCCCCAGGCCGCGCAGCAGAUUGCCGCCCAGAUGGCUGCUGGCUUCACGCGCGCCCUGCAGGAGAGCGCCCAGGGCUUUUCGUCGCAGAACUGCGUCAACGCCGGCGGUGCUGGUGCCGGCGUCGGUGUCGGUAACGGCAACGGCAAUGGAAACAACAAUAACAAUAACAACAACGGCGCCAUUGGCAGCACGCCCGUGACCAACACGACGCAGCCCGGUCAGGUCACCAACCCCAGCGGCCUGCCGACCCAGGGAAACGGCGCUUCGGCACAGGCCUUCAGCGUGGCGGCGGCGAUCGUGGCUUUCGGUGCGGCAGCGAUCAUGGCAUAG